AGUAAAACUGUUGCCUAUGGGUAUAAAGAAAAUAAUAUAAAAGUUAGCUAAUUCAUCUACAUUAAAGUUGAUGUUGUUGCAACAACAACAACAACAAAAACACAAAGUAAUUUAAUGCUGUUGUUUUGAGACAAAGUAAUUUAAUGCUGUUGUUUUGGCUCCAACUUGUUAUCCACGGCACCGAAUAAGAGAAUUCUUUUUUUUCAAAAAAAUACAAGAUUUAUAGUGUUAAUGAUUCACUCUAGAUUCAUCUCUUUUUUUUUUGACAAAAAAAAAGAGAUUGUCCAAGUCUAUUCUAUCGAUGUUUAGAAAUUGCCUUUAUAAAAUAAUGUAAUUCGCCAGAGAUACGCAAAGUAUGCAGGGUUACUAAGUUUAAUUUUAUAUCUAUCAAUGUUGUGUUAAUACGUCACUAAGCUUAUUUUAUUACCCUGCAAAUUUUUUUUUAAGAAUGAAUUUAAAGUUGUAAAAAAUAAAUAAAGUUUUUAAAACUAUUGCAACCUGGUCUCCUAUGUUUUUUCGUUCAUACACGUUUUUUGUGUAUGCUUAAUGCACUUUUUGAUACACAGAUUUUUGGCAAUGCAUUGCUGUGAACCGAAGUUAUCUCUAGCACUUUUUUAAAGCGUAGUGCUGUACCCAAACAGGUAAUUGAAACUCAUCGGAUUUUAAACAAGAUUCUUACAUUUAUUUUAUCAUAAAUGAAGUUAAAAGAUAACAAAGUGUUUUGGCUGAUAAUUUUUUUUGUUUCUUCCUCGUUUGCAAUACUUAUAAACAAAUAUAUAUUAUGGAAGCUAAAUUUUACAUAUCCAUCGAUUUUUCAAAGUUGGCAAAUGUCUGUUGCAUCACUUUUUUUAAUAUCUGCAAACUCUUUUGAAAUUAUAAAAAUUAUGCCGUUAUCAACAGAAUCUUUCAAAAGAUUGUUACCUUCAACGUUUUUAUUCACAGUUAGUAUUUAUUCUGGAUCUAAAGCUCUUUCUAUGUUACCUGUUCCAAUUUUUUGCCUUAUUCAACAGAUGUUCAUCCAGGCUACAAUCUAUAUUGUAGAGAUUUAUAAGACAAAAAAAAGUAUGUCAAAUUAUCAAGCGGUUUGCAUUAUGACUCCGUUGUUUAUUAUAUGGAUAACUUAUUUGUUUGAUAAUGAAUAUGAAAAUCAAGUUAAGUAUGUUUGGAUUUUAAUAAAUUGCCUCUGUAUUUGCUUGAAUUCAAUUUAUAUUUCAUUUUUUAAGAGCAUAAAUGUACAAGAAAUUGAUAAAAUAUUUUUAAAUACAAAAUCCAGUAUAAUUUUCUUAUCAUUGUUUGGUAUUUUGACUGGUGAAACUCCUAAAGUAAUUAACUUUCAAAAACUAUAUCAUACAUUUUUUCAUUUGCUUUUUGUUGGAAGUGGUGUUUUUGGAGCUUUAAUGAUGCUUUCUUAUGGUCGUUUAUGUAAUUUAUUUUCAUUAUCAAGAGUUCGAUUUUUUAAUGCUAUAUCAAUGUUUAUUGUCUCCAUAGCUUCAAUAAUUGUAUACGAUACUAAAACAUCUGUUUACAAAUUAUGGUUUGCUGUAUUAGGGUUAGCUUCUGUUUCUUAUUAUUCGUAUUCAGUUUCAAAAUUUAAUUAUCAAUUAGGUUUAAAAAAUCAAGAGGUAUAAGAAACAUUAGUUGUUUAAUUUGUAAAUGAUUUUCACAAAAUGUGUUUAGAAAUGUGACUAUGUAUGAUUUCUUUUUA